AUGGUUAAAUAUCAAACAAUAGAUUCUGCAUAUUUAAUUAUUGGCGGCUUUGUUUUGGUUUUUAUUGCAAUUUAUAUUUCUAUUUGUGUUUAUUGCUUUUUAAAAAAGCAACGCCAAAAACAACAAAACCCAAAAUUCCGUGAUCCCUAUGAUUUGAAUAGACAUGAAAGGAAAGAAAUGAAAAUUGGACAAAAGAAAACAAAAAAAAUUUAUCACGACAAAGACAGAUUUGUUUACAAAGCUGGGGCUUAUAAGCCUUUAAAGAGUAUGGGAAGUAAAGUUAUUCCUAUCCCGUCAGGGAUUGAAAAGGGUGUAGCUGUGCCUAUGACUGUUGAUUCUAUUGUUGAAAAAUCAGGAGAAAACUUACUUGCCAACGAUGCAGCAUACAAAGAUAUAAUUAGUAGAGAUUCAGUAAAGAAAGAGGAAAAUUCAGAAAAGAAAGAAGAAAAGGAAUAAAAUGUGAAAUCUAUUUU